AUGCAUAACACAAACACACAGACACACAAACACAAACAUGGUAACAUUGAUGAACCAUCAGCUCUUGACAAUGUCGAGGUGACGAGUCUAACAAGGUCACCGGUCAACCACUAUAUGAGCCAGGUGUUAGGUGAAAACAGAGUGGUCACCUAUGUGGCUAGUGAUGGAGCGGGCAAUAACUCUACAUGCACUGUUUACAUUAAUAUAAAAGAUGAAGAGCCCCCUGUGAUUGGCUGUGUCCCAUCCUAUGUGCUGACCCUACAGAACAGCAGCCACAGCCAGCAGCUCAACCUCAGCCAGCUUGUGACCUCAGCCUCGGACAACUCGGGACCUGUUGCCCUGACCUUCACCCCUGCUGGUCUUGUUGUGGACAGGUACAGUGUGGGGGAGACCUACACCGUCAAGGUCACAGGCACAGACUCAUCAGGGAACACUGACCAGUGCAUGGUGCAGGUCAAAGUUCAAGCACCAGCGUGUGUUGACUGGAGCCUACACAUCAACAAUGCAUCAACCACCUGCGUCAGCACGGGCUCCGGUCUUAUUUGUACGGUUACGUGUGACGCCGGCUACGUGAUGUAUGAGAACCCCCAGCUGGAGUAUGUUAACAUCACUUGCAGCAGUGGGGGGCCCUGGUCCAGGAAUACACCUGUCUGUGUUGCAAUAAGAGAUGCACCUUACAUACAGUCCCACCAACUGCAGUACAACACUGGAUCAGCCCCACUCCCAGCAUGCAGUGCCACCUACCAAUCACAGCUACACGCCAGGAUACCUGACCUGGUGGCCAAGCUGAACACACUCUGCAAUGGCACCACCCCCUUGACCUAUGUUGUGGCGCUAGAUGACACUCCUGUUUUAUCAUUGAGCAACAGUGUUGUGAUAGCCAACUAUGUGCUGUCCAUAUGGGCAGCCAAAGGUUCCUCACCAGCCUACACCACCGCAGCCAUUGACCAGUGUGCUAAUUUGAUACAGAACGCAUUUGUGGGCAGAACUGAUGCAUUGAUGCCAGUUUUACGACUGACCACUGACAGUGGCUGCUCUGGCUCUAGUAUAGCUGACUACAACAGGAUACUACAGAAUGGUUACCAGUGUGGGAACAAUGAAGUCAUCAACUACUCUUUGGGGACUCCGAUCUGUUUGUCAUGUCCACCAGGAUAUUCCAGCAUCGCCGGCUCUAAGUGUACGCCAUGUCCAGCUGCGACCUACUUCAGCUCUACACAAGGGUUCUGUGUGUCGUGUCCUGGUGACACACGCUGGACACUAACUGGUGCACGCUCCCUCAUGGAGUGCUACUUGACUUGCCCGUAUGGGUAUACCUCAGCAACCGGUCAAGCACUUUGUCAAGCCUGUCCACAAAACACAUACUCCAGCGACCAGAAGACUUGCACACCUUGUCCGCCUGGAAAGUUUACGUCACGUACUGGUCAAGGUCUUAUAACUGGGUGUCUUGACCCCUGUUUGGCAGGAUAUUUUUCCCCUGAUGGUCUGGCACAGUGCAGGGCCUGUCCCCUGGGCUUCUACCAGAACAGCUCACACGCCAGGACAUGCUAUGAGUGUCCCAGCAACCAGACAACACAGGUUUUAGCGGCAACAUCUUCAGCUGAUUGUGUGGAGGGGGCUCCCCUGUUGUGUGAUACAUCCAAGUGUCAAAAUGGUGGAACCUGUCUAGUUGCUGGCCAUGAUUAUUUUUGUCAAUGUGUUAAAGGCUACUCAGGGAGAAACUGUGAACUCUACACCAGUCCUUGCACCUCACAACCCUGCUUCAACAACGCAACCUGCGUGGUGACCGGUACAACAACAUACAGGUGUGACUGUCCAUAUGGGCACUUGUCUGGGGUCAACUGUGAGGUCAACAACAACACAGCGUGUUUGAACAACCCGUGUCACAAUUAUGGGAAAUGCCAAACGGGUGUGUCCAGCUACAACUGCAUGUGUCCAUCUUACAGCCAGUACACCUACCCAGACAACACAUCUUUAAAUGAGUGA